GAUCCCUUAGAUACAAAUUGGUCAUUUUGAAAGGUAAAAUGGAUUGAUAAGCUGUAUUCUGGCAUAAAACAGUACUGGAUCGUGAAGAUCAAGAAAUUUGUAUUGUAAUGAUAUUUGAAAAACCCGCGCAGCGCAUUGGAUAGUUGAUGCUCACUUGACACUCCGCGGAUGAAUAUUUCAUUUUGUUGACAACUACUUGGCGUUGUUUCGCCGCGAUCUUCAGCUGUUUAGCUAGAAGAUUUUGAAAACAACUUCUCUCUCACACAAGUACAUGGCAGCAAAUCGAUGACUUCUGUGUCGAAAAGAGAUAACCAACCUUUUGAUUCUUGACAGCCCCUUGGCAACGUGCUCUGUUUCGGCGUCGCUUUCCAUGAAAACUCUGGAAAGUAUGGAUUCUACUCCAAAGUCAUCUAAAGGUCGCAAGCUACCAUCUCCUAAUGGACAAAACCCAAAAAUGCCCGUGAAUAGUGGAAGAAGUUACACCAGGCAUGACAAACAAGAGGAAGCGGUGGGUGAGAUGGACGUGCUUAGUGCAUAUGUACCAGAUCCUGAGGAGCCUCCAACCAGGGAUGUGACGAGCCAAUCCAAAUCUGGUGUGGCUUAUUUAACAGAGAACCUGAUCAAGAGAUUAACAAAAGAAGAGAAUAUUUCCCAAGUAACAUCUUUACAUGUAACAUUAGGAAAGGACCUCAACAAGAAAAUUAAGUACAUUGAAAACUUGGAAAGUCUUAGGAAACUUAUUUAUUUGAACCUGAACAACCACAUGAUUGAAAAGAUAGAAAAGCUGGAUCAUUUAACGCCUCUCAGAGAACUUCACUUGGCCAACAACUGUAUUUCAAAGAUAGAAGGUGUUGACUGUCUGGUACAUCUGACUGUUUUGAAUCUAAAUGGGAACUUGAUUGAAACUUUACCAGCUCCUGUUUUCAAGAAGCUUAGAGAACUACAGGCUUUUCAUAUCGCAAAUAACAGACUUGCAAGUCAUGUUGAGGUUACCAAACUGAGGCCUCUUCAAGAUCUGAACAAUUUUUCCAUGGAAGGCAAUCCAAUGGCAGACAUGGAACACAGUCAUUUGUUUGUGAUUUUUCAGCUGAGGUCUCUGAAUUAUUUAGAUGGAAAGAAGAUUUCUGAUGAAGACAGACAAAUGGCUGACAAACGAUAUGCUCAAGAGGAGGUCAGAAGACUGGAGGGUGAAAUCAACAGGCACAAAAAAGAAUAUGAAGUACUCUUGGAAGAAAAUUGCCAAGCCCUUGAGGAGUUACAACAGCUGAAGAAGUUGAACUCUGAACAGAAAACUCACAACUUGGAUCAAUCACAGAAAAUUAAAGAGUAUCAGAGACAGCUUGAAGCCAAGGAAGAAUUGUUAGCCAGCAAGACCUCUGAACUUUCAAAAGCUUGUGAAAAGCAGUUCAAGUUGGAACAGGAACUUGCAUUUUAUAAGUUGGAUGCCAAGUUUGAACACCUUGGGAUGCUGCCACUCCCAGAGGGAGUUGAGUUUGGAGAUGGUGAAGAAGAUGAAAGCCCAUACAUUGGGAAAGCUCGGUUUAAACCAAACAAAUUUGCCAGGAAAACCGAUAUUAUGAGUGGUGAACAGCAUGCCCAGAUGACAACGCUACACUCAAGACCAAGUGAUAAGUAUGAUGACCAGAAUAAGCAGGUUCAGCAAGAAAUACAUGAUGCUUUGGUGCAAGAUUUGGAAGACAAAGAGAGAGCAAUAAAACAAGCCGAGGAUGUUCUUGCGCAGUUGACUGAUCAGCUAAACAGGAGAAAAGCUCAGCUAAGGGAUGCAGGAGAUAAGCUUACAAUGCUUCAACAGGCCAUCAAUGAUCAGGCACAUUUGUUAGGAGAUGAAGAAAGAAAACUUAUUGAUGCUAUUGCAGAUAAGAAAAACUAUAUACGACAACUUCAAGAAGUCGCGAAAGAGUUGGAGGAGCGCUUGAAAAACAUAUCAGAUGAAUUGAAACAGAGAGAGGCUGAGACCGAGAAGCUGAGACAGACCAUCAGAAAUACGCCCCCCAGUGACCCUGCAUACUCUCACCUUCAGGCUCGUUUGGCGGCAAAAGAGAAGCAGUUACUUGAGUUGAAAGAUGAAUAUAGCAAACUGAAACAAGACAAUGACAGAGCGAGGGAAAGAUUACAGGAAGAGAUAGCUGCUGUCAAACAGCUAGAAGCACAGUUGGCUGCACUGAGAAGAGAGAAUGGUGACCAAGGUAAGCUAAAAGAAGAACUGAAGAACAUCAUCGAUGAUUUGAAUGACAACUUGAACUCUAUGAAGCAGCAAGUCGCUCAGCAAGCGAAACAGAUCAGCCAGCUUCAACGUGAGAAGGAUGCACUGGGACAGCGAUUGAGGGACAUGCAAGGACAAGCGGCUAACAACAAACUACUGAAAGAUAACCUGGCUAAACUACAGCAACAACUGAAAUUGACUGAGGAUGCAUUGGAACGAGAGAGAAAGAACUGUGAGGCUUUGCGCCGGCGAUUAUCCAGUGCUGAAUCACAGGCAGCCCAAGGAUCUACUCUGGAGCCAAUGUUCACUGAAACAAAAAACAGACUGCAGCAAGCAGAAGCAGAAGUCGCCCGGCUACAGAAUGCACUAAAUAAGCUAAAACAACAACUACAGGAUGAUCGCAGAGCUGCAGACGACAGGUUAAAGAAAGAACAAGAGAAGGUUGACAGAGCUUUACAAGCUGCAAGGAAUGCCGGAGAUAAGGACAGACAAGUGAAAGAUUUGGCUGCACAAAUUGAAAAUUUAUCGGCGGACAAUGCGUCUCUUGCCCAGCGCUUGAGAGACGCAGAAGAUGAACUGAGCGGUCUUGACAACUUACUUGACAAAGAAGAAGUAUUGGAGAGGCUCGGUGAACUAAGAAAUGAUAUCAACAGGAGACGAAGUGCUGUCCGUGAACCGUUCAGUGAUCAGGAUGACCUGGGGCGAGCUCUAGCAGAACUUCACCGUAAAUACCUGGACCUUAUGAGGGAUAUGGAGAGAGAGCGACGAAAACAGCCUGAUGGAGAGGUUGAAGGUUUACAGGCUAGACUACAAGAUGCCGAAAGAGCUCUGAAGCAAGCAAGGGACAAAGCUUCACAGCUUGCAGGAGACAAAGAAGAUAGAGACAACAAGUUAAGAAGAAUGUCAGACGAACUAAAGAAACUGAAAGACAAACUUGCAAGACAAGAGAGAAUGGAGGAUGAGAUUGAAAGAGAGAAAGCAAAACAUGCUAAAGAGAUGUCUGGACUGGAGAAACAAAUAGCUCAGUUAAAGGAUCAGCUUGACAAAGCUAGAUAUGGCUUGCAGGAUCAUUUGGCCAGCGCCAGAGCUCCACUUCAAGCCAAGAUAGCAGACAUGAAAGACGACAUGGAACAUCUACAGGACAAAUUUAACAAAGUGAAAGCAGAAAAUGAGCGGCUGAAAGGAGCCAUCGCAGAAGCUGAACAAGGUAGAAUAGAGCUAGAGGACAGACUGGCAGAUAUGAUGAACAAACUGAGGGAGGCCCGGGCACAAGCUGAGGCAAUGAAUGAGAGAUGCGAGCGGCAAAAGCAAGCUUUAGAAGCUAAAGUGAAAGCUCUUGAGAACGAACUCGAAAGAGCCCGGAGUCGGUUGAAUUCACUGCGAGCUCAAGCGGAUGAAAAGCUGCAAGCAGAAAAAAAGAAUGCGGCUGCAAAGAUCGGCGGUUUGGAGGACGAAAUUGACGAUUUAAAGGAACGACUUAAAAAUCUGAAGCACAAGGCUGGACGUGAGUUGGACGAAAUAAGAGAUGCUGGCGAAAGAAAGAUUCACCAUCUGGAAAAAAAGAUGGCUGAUUUGCGACAUCAGCUAGAAGACGAUCGGGCUCGAGCUGACGCACAGCUUAGAAGAGCUGAAAGUAAAGAAGCAGGGCUACAGAGUCUGCUGGGAGAAACUGAAGCUAAGUUGAAGAGAUCCAAUGACCAAAGUCAGGAACAACAAGCCAGGCUUUGGGACUUGGAGAACCAGAUUGAGGGUCUGAGAAACACUCUGAAAGAUGCCGAAACAAAGGCAUUAAAGGAUAAGUUAGACAAGGAACUUGAAGCUGUUAAAGCGGAGCGAAUGAGAGCUGCGAUACAAGCAGCGGCUGAUAAACAGCUGGCUGAUGCACAACAACAGGUUGCUUCACUUCAAUCUAUGCUCGAUUCGAAAGACAGGCAGCUUCAAGAGGAACUGAAACGUGGGACGCAAAAUUCAGCCGACAUAGCUGCUCAGCGAGCAGCGAUUAAAAACUUGGCAUCAGCUUUGGCCGAACAGAACCAGGAACUAGAACGACUGAAGGACGAUUUGUUGGAGAUGUCACGUGCCCCAGUCCAACUGCAAUACUAUCAUCAUCCGGACCUCAGCCUUUCCGCCUUAGCAAACGAAGUCGAGGCUCUGCGAGCAGCUUUGUUACAAAGAGAGCAACAAGUACAGAGCCUCACUCGACCAAUACCACUUCCGGCGAGUCCACCCUUCACCACUUCCGGCUUGGUUACCACGCCUGGGCACAUGAAUCCACCGUUUACCACUUCCGGCUUGAUAACCACGUCUGGGUUAACAACAACGCAGACGUACUUACCAGUGAGCGGGGUGGCCCCAGCUGUUGUUGAGGGACCAUCAAAUGUAGUAACUAUCUCUCGAUCAGCACCCGUCAUGACUCCCAUGGUUACAACCACUAGUGGCCUGGGUACAAACAGCUAUGUGGCCUAUCCCGGACAAGUUCAUCACCAUCAUUAUUUUUCACAGUCAACUGGUCGAGGUAGGGUAAAACCAUUGACAGUGACAACUUCCUCACACCUCUCCCCUGAGGUGGUAACAGCUAGCACAGUAGCAGACCCUGUCACAUCACCUGUCCACCAUCAUCAUUACAAUGACGUCACUGGGGGAAAUGGUGACGCGAGGAAGAAAAAGAAAAGGAAAACCAAAAAACCACAAGAUGAAGUACUAUUUUGUAAUUUUCCAAAUCACGAAGGCCUGGAGUACGAAUGUGGGAGAUUGGAAGGUCUUUUGACUUCGUCGCAGCAGGCGCAGAAACUUCAGGAUCAACGGGACUCGCUUCGAAUGGAUUUGAAAGAAUUGGAACACGAGGUGGAAGAUUCCUUAAAACGACGAGCGACUGCUAGACAAUCACAACGACAUUCAUUAGAUGCGAACCUAGCGGCAGGAACUAGGAGAGUUUACAUUAUGAGAACUGUGGACGAAGAAGAUGAAGAAAACUUCCCACUAAAAUAUCUUCAGCAAAGCUCUGGCGUUGAAAUGGAGCCUGUUCAGUUGUCGUCCGUUAAUCAAAUGGAUGAUAACACCCAAGAGGCAUCCUGGGAAAAGCGGCUGAGUGACCUGGCUCGAUUUGAAGGUCUGCUGCAGAAAAGGAAAACAGAACUACAACAGAUGGACGCUGUACUGAUGGAGCGAAGGCGCGAACUGGACGACGUUGUGCAAAAACGUAAGAUGGCCGAGGGACGCCUGAGGCGGGCAGAAGAGGAUGCUGGUAUUAUUGAGCAACGCGCAGCGGAGACCUCGGUCGAGUUAAUCCGCGCAGGAAAUCAGCUGAUUAACUUGGAGAUUAAAGAAAAGGCUCUGAAUGAACAACAAAAACAAAUAAACAAAGCUAUCGAAGCCAAAGAACGAGAGUUAAAGGAAACUGAGAACUCGUGCGCUAUCGUUCGACACAAUAUUGAUAAACUGAACAAGGAACUAGCAAGUAAAAUGGAAGAUCUUGAAAAGAAAGAGAGUGUGUUGAAAGACGUGGAAACAAGAACUCAACUUUCACUCAGGAUAGAGGAACUACAGAAGCUGAUAGCGCAAACAGAAACAGAAGAGAGACAUCAGUCAGAUAAGUACGUCAGAGCGUUAAAGGAGGGUGAAAAAGCUUUGGAAGAAAAAACCACGCAGCUUGCCAGAACAAGGAAUGAACUUCAAACUCAAAUGAUACAAUUCCAUGAACUGAACAGUAAGAUAAACAAACUCAGGACAGAACUAAAAGAAAUUGAAGAAAACAUCAAGAAAGGAAAACUUGAAGCUGAGAGGCUUUCACAGAGAAAAGAAGAACAGAGAAGAAUCCAGGAUCUUAAUGUUCAGGAAGCCGAGGAAAAACUUAUAGAAGUUAACAACGCAAGAAAUGAAUCGAUGGAAGCUCUUAAAAGCCAUCGGGAGGAGUUUGGUCUGUUGAGAAACAAAAUUCACCAGAGUAUGAGCAAGAUUAAAGAAUACGAAGAAUUGAAGAAACAGAAAGAA